ACUUAUAAUAUAAAUUUCACUAGAAUAUCCCUUAAAUGGAAAUAUUUCUAAUUUUUUUUUUUUUUUUUUUUACAGUGCUGUAAAUCAAGCGGUCUUCAUUUGUGUCUGUGUGGAUCUAAUGUACUCUGCUGGGCCAAUGAUGAGUGGCACACGUAUCUUGCUAUGGCUUCUUCACAGCACUUAGAGCUACAUGAUCUAAGGACAGGACAUGGACCAAAUGACCACCCAUCUGUUGAUUGCUCAACUGUUAGAGGGUUUGAGAACCCAACAUAUGAAGAUAUUGUAGAAGAUCUGCAGGACAAUGAACAGUACAACACACUGUCAGAAGUGAGGGAACCAUCAGACAAAGAGAAUGGGUCUCCUAAUUCUGAUGACAGUCACAAGCCCAGUGCAGCUACUCAUUCAGUUGACUAUGGGUUCAUUUGUUCUCUUGUCCUCUUAAUCAGUGGUGUCAUCCUUGUUGCAUUAGCUUACACAAUCCCCAGGGAGGUGAGAGUUGGCCCAGACUCUGUCUCUGCACGUGAAAUGGAGAGAUUAGAGCUUUACUAUGCACGACUAGGAGCACACCUGGACAAAUGUAUUAUUGCUGGUUUGGGCCUUCUCACCUUGGGAGGGACACUUCUAUCAAUUUUGCUUAUGGUAUCUAUAUGUAAAGGGGAACUUUACCACAGGAGGACAUUUACUGCAUCCAGGGGACCACGGAAAACAUAUGGCUCAUUAAACCUAAGGAUGAGACAAUUAGGUGAGGAUGGGGGGCAGGUGUUGGUGGAACAUGAGGUGCUCGAAAUGACUGGUAUUGUUAUUCAAAAUCACCAGCAGACAUAAUAUGCCAAGAACUACUCAAUGACUGGAAUCUACUAUAAAACCAAUAAUGAUGAUAAUAUAUUAUUGGGAAUUAGGAAUUACAGGUGUGACACUAGGAUGGUAGGUAGCAGAUAUGUAAAAGAACAUGAAAUAUUUAACAAAGAAAAUUUGUAUUCAUUACCUCACAAUUAUAUUGGAUGUAGCAAAUAAAGAUGAGAACACAAGAAAAUAAAAGACAUUUACACACAAAAAUUCUUACAAAAGACAAGUACACAGUCUAAAGCCAAAAAUACAAAACAUAAAAAGGCAAAAAAAAAAAAAAAAGGGAGGAGUGGACAGAAUUGUAGCAGUAGAAUAUUUUCACAUUGUUCCCCUUUGGCAAUUUUACCUGUAUCAAAUAUAACAAUUGAGUGUAGAAUUUCAUAUACUUUGGUGUAAGUCUGAAAAUUAAUAUUGAAUUGUAAAAAACAAACAUUCCAUUACCCAUCUAGAGAGACAGUCACGCAUGCCAAGUAAGCCAAAAUGACAUUUACAGAUCCAAAGAUAAAAAAUAUAGUUACAGCAACAAUAAGCACAGAGAACAUACACAGUACUGCAUGUGCAACAUACACAGAUAUAGUAGUAUGUACAAAGCACGCCAAAAGGCAUCCAAAGCAGAAUUUUAAGAGACAUUCUAGUAAAAUUUGAAAGUCACAGCAUCACCAAAGACACUCUGAGCAAAUGCAACAGAUGGAGUUCAGAGUAUCUAGGCUGCAUACUACACAGUUUGUGUGCACUUCAAUGCAAACAUUUGCUAUGCAUUUCAAAUUAAUCUAGAAUGUGUAUUUAAGACACACAGCUUUACAUAUUCAAACAUAUACAAGCAAACACACACACAAAUAGCGUGGCUGUUAAAUUGACUGUUUUAUGUAAUAUGUAUAGAUUGUCAAGCCACAUCUUUGUAGUAGUGUCACACUGUAUGUUUGAAUAUAUGAUUUUAAGAAUUCUCAUCCAAGUGGAAAGCUGGAAUAUUUCCACUGACUAGUUUGUGAAAUAGGUGGAAUAUCUGAAUCUGCAACUAAGAUAUUCAGAUAAGUUGGACAGAUCUCUGGGUAACAACUGGUCACGUCUUAACCUUUAAUAUUUACUGGUGCAAAAACAGUCUCAAAUCCCAGUGCUGUGAUCAUUCUGUAUUCGGAGAUGUGUCAGGUAUACAAUCUCAUGCAGGUUAGUAUCAUGUGAAAUGUAAUAAUUAGCAAUAAGCCAAGAAUUAUGUACAAGCAGCUAUUUAUUUCACUUUAAUAAAUAAAAAAAGAAUAAA